AGAAAAUCUGAGGCUCAGAAAGGCCCGUUGCUUCUCUCCCGCCACACUCUCCCAAGAAAGCAAGAAUGGAGAUUCUCUCAGCUCCAUCGUCCCGCUUUCUCCCCUUCGAAAACUCGAAGCUGCAAUCAAAGCAGCCAGGAAUCGCCCCGCCUGAGAAGUGGCUCCAGUUCCUAUCGGCGACGAGUUCGUCCUCUUCGCUACUUACUCCUCUGAGAAGUAGCAGUAGUUCUUCGAAGCCGUCCUUCUGCUUCACUACGAGAGCUGCUUCCGCCACUGAAGUUGCCGCUUCUGAAUCGUCGGCCGAAUUGAGCUCAUCCGCAGAGAGCGACGUGCUGAAUGCCCUGUCUCAGAUCAUCGAUCCUGAUUUCGGAAAGGACAUUGUGAGUUGUGGAUUUGUCAAAGAUCUAGAGAUCGAUGAAGGUCAAGGAAAGGUUUCGUUUAGGUUGGAGCUUACUACGCCGGCUUGUCCAAUCAAGGACUUGUUUGAGCAGCAGGCCAAUGAGGUGGUCGCUGGGCUGCCAUGGGUGAAGAAUGUUAGUGUGACAAUGUCAGCACAGCCAGCUAAACCUAUGUACGCGGGAGUACUUCCUCCUGGUUUGCAGACCGUUUCGAAUAUCGUUGCAGUUUCAAGUUGCAAGGGAGGGGUGGGGAAAUCAACUGUUGCUGUGAAUCUUGCAUAUACUCUGGCUGGUAUGGGUGCUAGAGUUGGGAUAUUUGAUGCUGAUGUGUAUGGUCCUAGUUUACCAACAAUGGUCUCUCCUGAGAACCGGUUGCUGAUGAUGAACCCAGAGAAUAGAAGUAUUAUACCUACUGAAUACAUGGGAGUGAAGUUGGUUUCGUACGGGUUUGCUGGACAAGGUCGCGCAAUAAUGAGGGGUCCAAUGGUGUCAGGAGUUAUCAACCAGCUUCUCACGACUACUGAGUGGGGAGAGCUGGAUUACCUUAUCAUUGACAUGCCUCCUGGGACUGGCGAUAUACAGAUUACUUUAUGCCAGGUUGUCCCACUGACUGCUGCUGUUAUCGUGACCACCCCUCAGAAGCUUUCAUUCAUCGAUGUUGCAAAGGGUGUUCGGAUGUUUUCAAAGCUUAAGGUGCCUUGCGUUGCUGUAGUGGAGAAUUUGCACCACUUCGAUGCUGGUGGAUACCGAUAUUACCCUUUUGGCAGAGGAUCCGGUUCUCAGAUUGUUGAGAAACUUGGGAUCCCUCAUCUGUUUGAUCUUCCCAUCAGGCCAACUCUAUCUGCCCAUGGGGAUAAUGGGAUGCCUGAAGUGGUUGCUGAUCCUCUAGGCGAAGUUGCAAAGACGUUCCAGGACCUCGGAGUUUGUCUUGUGCAACAAUGUGCUAAAAUACGUCAACGGGUUUCAACUGCGGUCACUUAUGAUACAUCGAUGAAGGCGAUCAAAGUGAAGCUGCCAAAUUCAGAAGAAGAGUUCCUCCUCCAUCCUGCAACAGUAAGGCGAAACGAUCGUUCUGCACAAAGCGUGGACGAAUGGACAGGGGAGCAGAAGCUGUUGUACUCUGAUGUCCCGGAAGAUAUUGAACCUGUAGACAUUCGGCCACUGGGAAACUACGCAGUCGAAAUAACAUGGCCAGACGGAUUCAACCAGGUAAUUUUAACCUCUUUUCCCGUACAUUGUCUACCAUUGAAUAUUGAUACCACUUCUUGGUAAGCUACCAACCAUUCACUAGCAUGCGAAUUAUAGCUUUUGUUGAAUAGUCCACAUACACGUCUCAUUCACGAUCCAAAAAGAGCCCAAAAAAAGUCUACCCAAUGAAUUGAAUUGAAUUACAUUACCUACUCUCUCCUCUCUGUGGGCUUACACCCAACAAGAAUCUUUACCUCCCUUUUCCCUUUGUUCAUAAUGUUGACCAGAUUGCUCCUUACGAUCAAUUGCAAGAGAUGGAGAGGCUGGUCGGCGAUACCUUCCCCUUUUAAGCAGCUAACCAUCCACCCUCUUCAUUUUGAUCACCACUCUUGCCUGCGCACAAGCUUUGUCAAAAGUACAGCAUGAUGAAGGUUUACUGUUAGCAUAGGCCAGUGAGUCUACCACUGAAUAGAGAGGGAGUGCCAAAUCUUCUCCUGAUAGUAAUUGACGUCGAUGUCAUGAUAGUCUCAAUCUGUCUUCUUCGCAUACGGGUCGGGUCACGUUUGUUUGUUGGGUUGUACAGUGGGGAAAUUCUACGUACAUUUUGGUCAAAGAAAGCUGACGAUGAACAGUACGCGCAAAAAUCUGAUUACCGAGCAGAGACUUCUGUAUAGUGACAUUUCGUUUAUCGAGCAGUCUUUCUCUAUGAUUUUGGUUUUUUGUGGAAUCGUCGGCAGUCAUUUCAGGUUCUGUAGUGUGGGGGAGUCUGAACACAGUAGCAGGCCAGCAGCAUGCACUGCGCAGCCGCUGCUGUUGACAAUUUGUAUUAGACAUGUGACCAAAUUAGACAGAUGAUGGCACGACUUCCAACUUGUUAGCUGGAUCUCAAAUCCCAAAC